CGCUCAGCCUGCUCCCCGUCUCCAACAUGGCGGCGCCCAGGGGCUCAAGCCGCACGUGAGAAAGAGUCUGAGUACGUGGGAGUGCAAGCGUGGGAGUGCAAGUGUGGGAGCCAGUUUCCCUUGUCUACAGUCAGUAGCAUCCCUUCAACCCUUCCCGAGAUCCUCGCGGGCCGCCGCCCCUCUGCAGCCAUGAAGCCAAAGCCAGUUUCCCACAAGAUCGAGAACACUUACCGGUUUCUUACGUUUGCUGAACGAUUGGGAAAUGUGAAUAUCGAUAUUAUUCACCGGAUUGAUAGAACUGCAAGCUAUGAUGAGGAAGUUGAAACCUACUUUUUUGAGGGUCUACUGAAGUGGAGAGAACUGAACCUUACGGAGCACUUUGGGAAAUUUUACAAAGAAGUUAUUAACAAAUGCCAGUCUUUCAAUCAGCUAGUCUAUCAUCAAAAUGAGAUAGUUCAGAGUUUGAAGACUCACCUGCAAGUCAAGAACAGUUAUGCCUAUCAACCCCUUUUGGAUUUAGUUGUACAGUUGGCACGAGAUCUGCAGAUGGACUUCUAUCCCCAUUUUCAGGAUUUUUUCCUGACUAUCACUUCAAUCCUGGAGACUCAGGACACAGAGUUGUUAGAAUGGGCUUUCACCUCGCUGUCCUAUCUGUACAAAUACCUGUGGAGACUAAUGGUGAAGGACAUGUCCAAUAUAUACAGCAUGUAUAGUACACUCCUGGCUCAUAGAAAACUACAUAUAAGAAAUUUUGCUGCUGAAAGCUUUACUUUUUUGAUGAGAAAGGUUUCUGAUAAAAAUGCACUUUUCAAUUUAAUGUUUCUUGAUCUUGAUGAACAUCCGGCAAAAGUAGAAGGAGUUGGACAGUUGCUCUUUGAAAUGUGCAAAGGAGUUAGAAAUAUGUUUCACUCCUGUACAGAGACGGCAGUGAAGCUAAUUUUGCAAAAGCUAGGACCAGUUACUGAAACAGAAACUCAACUUCCAUGGAUUUUAGUUGGAGAAACCCUCAAAAACAUGGUCAAAUCCACAGCGUUCUACAUCUACAAGGAACAUUUUGGUAUAUUUUUUGAAUGUUUGCAAGAAUCACUCCUGGAUCUACAUACAAAAGUAACCAAGACUAACUGUGGGGAAAGUUCUGAACAGUUUAAAAGGUUGUUAGAAACAUAUCUGAUACUUGUAAAACAUGGAAAUGGAUCAAAGAUAACUAAACCUGUUGACGUUUGUAAAGUAUUGUCUCAAACAUUACAAAUAGCCCAUCUCUCCACAUCUUGCCGGGAGACCCUCUUGGAUGUAAUUUCUGCUUUGAUCCUAGGUGAAAAUGUUUCCUUGCCAGGGACCCUCAUCAAAGAAACCAUAGAAAAAAUUUUUGAGAGCAGAUUUGAAAGAUGCUUAAUUUUGGGUUUUUCGGAAGUCAUGUUUGCUAUGAAGCAGUUUGAGCAGCUUUUUCUACCCAGCUUUCUCUUGUAUAUUGAGAAUUGCUUCCUGACUGAUGACGCUGCAGUCAAAGAUGAAGCUCUGGCCAUUUUGGCCAAACUCAUUCUGAACAAAGCAGCACCUCCCACCACUGGCUCCAUGGCGAUUGAGAAGUACCCUCUGCUUUUCUCAGAACAGACAGUGGGAUCCAAUAUCAGGCAGAAGAAGACCAGAUCCAAGGGAGGAAAGGAACAGAUCUCAGUAUUAGAUCAUCUUUUAUCUAUAAUUCAGUUACCCCCAAAUAAAGAGACUACUUACCUUUCAUGGUCUUGGGCGGCCCUUGUCGUGUUACCUCAUAUUAGACCCCUGGAGAAAGAGAAGGUGAUACCCCUAGUCACCUGCUUCAUAGAGUCACUCUUCAUGACUGUUGACAGAGGGAGCUUUGGAAAAGGAAACUUAUUUGUUCUUUGUCAAGCUGUAAAUACUCUGCUAAGUUUGGAAGAAUCUUCUGAACUUCUUCAUCUGGUUUCUGUGGAACGUGUGAAGAAUUUAGUAUUAGCGUUUCCUUUGGAGCCGUCUGUGUUGCUGUUGGCUGAUCUCUAUUAUCAGAGAUUAUCCUUAUGUGGCUGCAGGGGGCCACUUUCAGAGGAAGCUUUAAUGGAAUUAUUUCCCAAGUUACGAGCAAACAUUUCAACUGGCAUAUCCAAGAUUCGGCUUUUGACAAUAAGGAUCCUAAGCCACUUUGAGGUUCGGCUUCUGGAAUUAAUGGAGGAUGACGGGCUCUCAGAGCGUCAGUCUGUCUUUGCUAUAUUACGCCAGGCAGAACUUGUGCCAGCAACUGUGAAUGAUUACAGAGAGAAGCUUCUUCAUUUGAGAAAACUAAGACAUGAUGUGGUACAGACUGCAGUCCCUGAUGGGCCAUUACAGGAGAUGCCACUUCGUUAUCUGUUAGGCAUGUUAUAUGUUAACUUCAGUGCUCUCUGGGAUCCUGUUAUUGAACUCAUAAGUUCUCAUGCACAUGAAAUGGAAAAUAAGCAAUUUUGGAAAGUCUACUAUGAACAUCUAGAAAAAGCAGCUACACACGCUGAGAAAGAGCUGCAAAAUGACACAAGAGAUGAGGAGAGGUCCACUGGAGAUGCAAGUUGGGAGCAGACUCAGGAAGGAAACGUUGGAACUCUUUAUCAUGAGCAGUUCGCAUUGAAAACUGACCUUCAGGAAAGACUGGACCAUACCAAUUUUCGGUUUUUGCUCUGGCGAGCUCUGGCAAAAUUCCCAGAAAGGGUAGAGCCACGGUCCAGGGAGCUUUCCCCGCUUUUCUUGAGAUUUAUCAACAAUGAGUAUUACCCAGCAGAUCUGCAAGUUGCACCAACCCAGGAUCUGCGAAGAAAAGGCAGAGGGCUGGGGGCAGAGGAAAUAGAAGAGGAACCUGUUGCCGGAGAGGAUGAAGAGUUGGGGGAAGAGCUGGCGCCCCAAGAUGAACCCUCACAAAAGAAAAAGACACGAAGAGCUGCGGCCAAGCAGUUAAUUGCUCAUUUGCAAGUUUUCUCUAAGUUUUCGAAUCCACGAGCCUUAUAUCUGGAAUCCAAAUUAUAUGAGCUGUAUCUUCAGUUGUUGCUACACCAAGAUCAAAUGGUGCAAAAAAUAACACUGGAUUGCAUAAUGACAUAUAAACAUCCACAUAUCCUCCCUUACAGGGAAAACUUACAAAGAUUGCUUGAAGACAGAAGCUUUAAGGAAGAGAUAGUGCAUUUUAGCAUUUCUGAAGAUAAUACAGUAGUGAAAGCAGCCCACCGAGCAGAUCUGUUUCCCAUUCUGAUGAGAAUUUUGUAUGGCCGAAUGAAGAAUAAGACUGGGAGUAAAACUCAGGGGAAAUCUGCUUCUGGCACCCGCAUGUCCAUCAUUCUGAGGUUCCUCGCUGGGACCCAGCCUGAAGAGAUCCAGAUAUUCUUAGACCUGCUAUUUGAGCCUGUGAAGCACUUCAAGAAUGGAGAAUGCCAUUCUGCUGUCAUUCAAGCAGUAGACGAUUUGGAUUUGUCUAAAGUUCUUCCUUUGGGUCGUCAGCACGGUAUCUUAAAUAGCCUUGAGAUAGUAUUAAAGAACAUUAGUCAUCUGAUCAGUGCAUACUUACCAAAGAUUUUGCAGAUACUGCUCUGCAUGACCGCAGCUGUAUCCCAUAUCCUUGAUCAACGAGAAAAGAUACAGCUGAGGUUUAUUAACCCACUGAAAAAUUUAAGACGUCUUGGAAUCAAAAUGGUAACUGAUAUCUUUUUGGAUUGGGAGUCCUAUCAGUUCAGAACAGAAGAAAUUGAUGCUGUAUUUCAUGGUGCAGUUUGGCCCCAGAUCAGCAGGCUUGGAUCUGAGAGUCAGUAUUCUCCUACUCCUCUGCUGAAACUAAUUAGUAUCUGGUGCAGAAAUGCAAGAUAUUUCCCUUUCCUGGCUAAACAGAAACCUGGGCACCCGGAAUGUGAUAUCCUGACCAAUGUUUUUGCGAUUCUCUCAGCAAAGAACCUCUCUGAAGCCACAGCUAGUAUUGUGAUGGAAAUAGCUGAUGACCUUCUUAGCCUUCCAGAUUUUGAACCCACAGAAACAGUUUUGAGCUUACCGGUGACAGGAUGUGUAUACACAGAAAGUGCAGAUGAGUCUAUCACGAUAGGAGGACGAUUAAUUCUACCUCAUGUACCUGCAAUUCUCCAGUAUCUCAGCAAAACCACAAUAAGUGCAGAAAAGGUGAAAAAGAAGAAGAAUAGAGCACAAGUCAGUAAGGAACUGGGCAUUCUUUCAAAGAUCAGCAAGUUUAUGAAAGAAAAAGAACAAAGUUCUCUGCUCAUUACACUGCUCCUGCCUUUCCUCCACCGUGGCAAUAUUGCUCAGGAUACAGAGGUUGAUAUUCUGGUGACAGUACAAAACCUGUUGAAACAUUGUCUGGAGCCUACGAGCUUCCUCAAGCCUCUAGCAAAACUCUUCUCAGUUAUUAAGAACAAGUUGUCAAGACAGUUGCUUUGUACAGUUUUCCAGACUCUUUCUGAUUUUAAUAGUGGAUUAAAAUAUAUUACUGAUGUUGUCAAGCUUAACGCCUUUGAUCAAAGACAUCUUGAUGAUAUCAACUUUGAUGUUCGCUUCUCAGCGUUCCAGACCAUCACCUCUUAUAUUAAAGAGAUGCAAACCAUGGACGUUAACUACCUAAUUCCUGUUAUGCAUAAUUGUUUCUAUAACAUGGAGUUAGGAGACAUGUCUUUAAGUGAUAAUGCAAGCAUGUGCUUGAUGAAUAUCAUCAAAAAGCUUGCUGCUAUGAAUGUCACAGAGAAAGAAUAUAGAGAAAUCAUUCAUCGUUCACUCCUGGAGAAACUGAGGAAAGGAUUGAAGAGCCAGACAGAGAGUAUUCAACAAGAUUAUACCACGCUGCUUUCCUGUUUAAUUCAAACCUUUCCAAAUCAACCAGAAUUUAAAGACUUGGUACAGCUAACUGAUUGCCAUGAUCCAGAAAUGGACUUCUUUGAGAAUAUGAAGCACAUUCAGAUCCACAGAAGAGCAAGAGCCUUGAAGAAAUUGGCAAAACAACUAAUGGAAGGCAAAAUUGUGCUGUCUUCUAAAUCUCUUCAGAAUUACAUCAUGCCUUAUGCCAUGACUCCAAUUUUUGAUGAGAAAAUGAUCAAGCAUGAAAAUAUAACCAUUGCUGCCACAGAGGUUAUUGGAGCUAUUUGCAAACAUCUCUCUUGGUCGGCAUAUAUAUAUUACUUGAAACAUUUCAUUCAUGUCUUACAGGCGGGACAGAUCAAUCAAAAGUUGGGUGUCAGUUUGCUAGUGAUAGUGUUAGAAGCAUUCCACUUUGACCACAAAACUCUGGAAGAACAAAUGAGAAAACUUCAGAGUAAAGAGAACACCAUAGAAGAGAUUGAGUUGCCAGAGCAUGAAGCCAUGGCAUUAGAGCAUAUGGAUGAGGAUGAGAAGGAAGAUGGAUGUAAGACUUUGUCAGACAAGAAUGAAGAGCUAGAAAACCCUGACCCAGAUGAUUGUGAAGGGACAGCAGCUAAGGAAUCCGAGUGUAUCACGAAGUCCAUCUCUUUCCUUCCUUGGAAUAAGGAAGAAUUGGAGAAAACAAUUAAAAAUAUCCAAGGAACCAUAACUGGGGACAUCCUACCCAGGCUCCAUAAAUGUCUGGCAUCUACGACUAAAAGAGAAGAAGAACACAAACUCAUAAAAUCAAAGGUUGUGAACGAUGAGGAAGUGGUUCGAGUUCCUUUAGCUUUUGCCAUGGUUAAACUAAUGCAGUCCCUUCCACGGGAAGUUAUGGAAGCUAAUCUGCCAAGUAUUUUGCUGAAAGUGUGUGCCCUCCUCAAGAACAGAGCACAGGAAAUCAGAGACAUUGCUCGCAGCACUCUCGCAAAAAUAAUAGAGGAUCUGGGUGUGCAUUACCUACAAUAUAUUUUAAAAGAAUUACAGACUACCCUUGUGCGUGGCUAUCAGGUCCAUGUGCUAACUUUCACUGUUUACAUGUUGCUGCAAGGCCUCACCAACAAGCUGCAAGUUGGGAAUUUGGACUCUUGUUUGGAUAUAAUGAUUGAGAUUUUUAACCAUGAGUUGUUUGGUGCCAUUGCUGAAGAGAAGGAAGUAAAGCAGAUCCUCUCCAAGGUCAUGGAGGCACGAAGAAGCAAGAGUUACGAUUCUUAUGAAAUCUUGGGCAAGUUUGUAGGAAAAGAUCAGGUUACAAAACUUAUCCUUCCACUAAAAGAGAUCUUGCAAAAUACCACGAGUUUAAAACUGGCCCGGAAAGUUCAUGAAACCUUACGUCGAAUCAUAGCAGGAUUACUUGUAAACCAGGAAAUGACGGCAGAAUCCAUUCUGUUGCUUAGUUACGGUUUGGUCAGCGAAAAUCUACCCCUGUUAACAGAGAAGGAAAAAAAUCCAGCAGUCCCUGCACCAGAUCCACGUCUGCCACCCCAGAGUUGUCUUCUGCUCCCCCCAACUCCAGUUCGAGGUGGGCAGAAAGCUGUCGUGAGCAAGAAAACCAACAUGCACAUAUUUAUUGAGUCUGGACUUCGGCUGUUGCAUCUUAGUCUGAAGACUUCCAAGAUCAAGUCUUCAAGUGAACAUGUUCUGGAAAUGUUGGAUCCUUUUAUGCCUCUCCUCAUAGACUGCCUGGGUUCCAUGGACGUGAAGGUGAUUACAGGUGCUUUACAAUGCCUGAUCUGGAUCUUGAGGUUCCCCCUGCCUUCCACAGAAACAAAAGCAGAACAGCUAAUGAAACACCUUUUCCUUCUGCUGAAGGACUAUGCAAAACUCGGGGCUGCCAGGGGCCAGAAUUUCCACCUGGUGGUAAAUUGUUUCAAGUGUGUGACCAUACUUGUGAAGAAAGUGAAGUCUUACCAGAUAACUGAGAAGCAGCUUCAAGUUCUACUAGCAUAUGCUGAGGAGGACAUUUAUGAUAUUACAAGACAAGCCACUGCAUUUGGUCUUCUGAAGGCCAUUUUAUCAAGAAAGUUGUUGGUUCCAGAAAUUGAUGAUGUCAUGCGCAAAGUGUCCAAGCUGGCAAUUUCUGCACAAAACGAACCUGUCAGAGUCCAGUGCAGACAGGUUUUUCUGAAAUACAUUCUUGACUAUCCCCUGGGUGACAAAUUGCGACCAAACUUGGAAUUCAUGCUCGCUCAACUGAAUUAUGAACAUGAGACCGGGAGAGAGUCCGCCUUGGAAAUGAUCGCUUAUCUCUUUGACACAUUCCCUCAGGGACUGCUCCACGAGAACUGUGGAAUGUUCUUUAUUCCUCUUUGUCUAAUGAUGGUGAACGAUGACUCUGCCAUGUGUAAAAAGAUGGCAUCCAUGGCAAUCAAAUCCUUACUCAGUAAAAUCAGCCUUGAGAAAAAAGAUUGGCUCUUCGAUAUGGUUACCACCUGGUUUGGGGCAAAAAAGAGCUUAAAUAGACAGCUAGCUGCCCUGAUCUGUGGCUUGUUUGUGGAAAGUGAAGGAGUCGCUUUUGAGAGAAGACUUGGAACUGUUCUCCGUGUGAUUGAAAAGGAAAUUGAUCCUGAAAACUUUACAAAUAUCAUGGAAGAGACUGAAGAAAAAGCUGCAGAUCGCCUUCUGUUUAGUUUUCUUACACUGAUAAGUAAACUCAUCAAGGGAUGUAAUAUUAUUCAGUUUAUCAAGCCCUCUGAGACUCUGAGUAAAAUCUGGAGUCACGUGCACUCUCAUCUGAGACAUCCGCACAACUGGGUGUGGCUCACCGCAGCCCAGAUUUUUGGAUUGCUCUUUGCCUCUUGCCGACCAGAGGAACUUAUCAGAAAACGGAAUGUCAAAAAAACUAAAAAGAAACUCUCAGAACCUGUAGCAAUCAGCUUCCUAACAAGUGACCUUGACCAAAAGAUGAAAAGUAUCUCCCUAGCCUCUUGCCAUCAGUUGCACUCCAAAUUCUUGGAUCAGUCUCUAGGAGAGCAGGUUGUUAAGAAUUUGUUGUUUGUAGCCAAAGUCUUAUAUUUACUGGAACCUGAUUCUGGGGAUAAGCAAGGUAACAUAAAAGAAGACAUGGAAGAACAGAAAGUUUUAGGUGAUGGCAUGGCCAGAGAGGAUGUAGAAGAACACAAGGCAUGUGCAGAUGAGAAGGAAAAGCAGAGCAAGCCAGCCACACUGCUCUGGUUGAUCCAGAAGUUGUCCCGGAUCGCAAAACUGGAAGCUGCUUAUUCACCUAGAAACCCCUUAAAGAGAACAUGCAUCUUUAAGUUUCUCGGAGCUGUAGCAAUGGAUCUUGGAAUAGACAAGGUGAAGCCGUACCUCCCAGUGAUCAUAGCUCCUUUGUUCCGAGAACUGAACAGCACCUAUUCGGACCAGGAUCCUUCGCUGAAGAAUCUAUCCCAGGAAAUCAUAGAAUUACUGAAGAAGCUGGUUGGGCUCGAGAGCUUCUCCUUAGCCUUUGCCUCUGUACAGAAACAGGCUACUGAGAAAAGGGCACUCCGGAAAAAGAGGAAGGCUUUGGAGUUUGUAACUAAUCCUGAUACCGCUGCCAAGAAAAAGCUGAAGAAACACAAAAAUAAAAGUGAAGCAAAGAAGAGAAAGAUCGAGUUCCUGCGUCCAGGCUAUAAGGCCAAGAGACAAAAGAGCCACAGCUUGAAAGAUUUAGCAAUGGUGGAGUAAAGUGCUCCCUGUGCUAAUACAGUGUCCCAGCUUACCCCGAAACAUGAACUUUCUAGUGUAUCUGCUGGUCCAAAAUCAUAGGUUUUAUUAUUUAAUUUAAACUUUGGCAUAGGUUGUAUAUUAUACAGUUUAAUAUAAUUCGUGCUUAUUUUUAAUUAAAAUAUUUCAUACUACUACUGUAUCUUCACUGUCUAAAAAGCAUUUGACACUAGUGAUAAAGAGCUUAAAAUGUAUUUUUCUUUUUAAAAAUACAGAUUAAAAUAGCAAGACAACAUGUAGAAGUUAGGAAUAAAUCAAACAAAUGAUUUGCAAUACCUUUAUGGAGGAAAUUAUAAAACUUUAUCAAAAGGCAUUAAGAAAGAUCUGCACAAAUGGAGAAGUAUAACCAUGUUCAUGAGUAGGAAGAUUCAGUAUCAUAAGUUGCUAGUUCAUCCCCAGUUGGAUCCCACUGGGUAAAUGCAUAUCUGAGCAAAAUCCCAAAGGAGUUCUUCAUAGUAUCCCAACAAGCUGAUUCUAAAAUUUAUAUGGAAGAUAGUAAAUCGAGAUUAGCCAUGAUGCUUUUAAAAAAGAAGAAUAGGGUGAGGGGCUUGCCCUCUCAGAUAUGAAAAAUAAGACCAAAAGUGCUGUCUGUGGAGGGACGAUGUGAUAAAUUCUACUUCAUUAAAAUUAAGACCGUCUACUUACAAAAAGACACAACUGGGACAUAGUAUGUACCAUAUACUGAUAAAGGAUUAGUAGCACCCAGGCUAUAUAAUGAAUACCUAUGAAUCAACAAAGAUAAUACAGUAGGAAAAGUGGCAAAAGAGAGAAAUAGGCAUUGCAGAGGAAAUAUAAAUGGCCCUUAAACCUCAACAUUUAGCAAACAUGGCUAUACCAAUAUUAAAUAUUAAAGUACUUAUGUACUGGUUAGUAAGUAGUCACUAUCUUGAGACCCCCCCAAGUGCCACCCUGGCUAUAUGAGUCCCUAGACUCCAUGUCUCCCCACACCAGAAAUUAAAGGACUAAUACCUGGACUGGUAGGGGUCCUCCUGCAUCAGCUAUGUCUACUUGUUAAAUAUUUUUUUGAGUCACUCCUCCUGUAUUUAGCCUCAUUAAUAAUUAGGAAAAUGCAGAUUAACAUCAGAAUGAAAUUCCAUUUUGAACCCUUCAGAUUUAUAAGGCUGACAAUACCAAAUGUUGGCAAGCAUGGUGGAGGAAAGGGCACUCUUGUAAACCACUUUGGAAAACAAUUUGGCAUUAUCUUGUUCAACCAUAUCUUUUGCCUCUCUCUACACUUGAUGUAGAAGCAAUAUUCUUUAGUGCCCAAUAUAUUUGGAAGGGACGGGGGUGAAAGAAUCUAUCCUAUGCUUUACAUUUUAUUUAACUCUCAUAGUCUUCCUGAGAGCUUCCUAAAACUCAUUAUUUUACAGAUGAGGAAUCUCAUCUCGGAUUAAAUAAUCUACCUGAGGGUGACACAGGUUGUAGGUGGCAGAGUUAAGAUUCAAACCCAGGAUUGAAAGCCCAUGCUCUUUGUAAUUUGUAAUUAUGGGAUUAGAAAUAUUAUAGCAUAAGGCAUAGGAAUCAAAUGUUCAAACAUUCAUGAACUUCAGAAUUUGUGUUUUGAUGUAGUUUAUGUCUCAAACAAGAGUUCUCACACUUCUAAGGUGUUUGUAAUGUGCCAAAAGGAUAAACAUAGGGCAUCUUGGAAGGCAGACUCAAUUCUAAGUGAUUUAAAGUGCAUGUAUUGCUUUUAUAAAAAUUUUUAAAUCAGAAAACGCAAGUUAAUACUAAAGCAAAAAUCAGGAAGAAUAAGUAUCUCAAGUAUAUUGAGCACAGCUUUGUUUUAAUCAUCAGUAAACAUUUAUUGAGUGCCUAGUAUGUGCCAAGUGCACCAUACUAGGUGCAAGGGAUUCUAACAGUAAAUGAUGUAUGGUCCCUGCCCUCAAGGAGCUUACAUUUCCACAAUUUAAAGUGCAUCUCAGGUAUUCUGGUAAUAGAAUUCCACCUCAAUUUCUCAUUUUAAAAAAUUUAAUCACAUGACACAGCACAACUACCAACCAGAAUUAUAAAAUAGAAUGUUAGAGCUAAAAGAAACCUUUGACGUUAUUUGUU